GUGCAUUUAAAUGUAUCGCCGAGCAAUUGGAUAAUUAGUGUUUAUCUAAAGAACAGUUUAUGACAUGUGUGCGUAAGUAAUCCGUGCAUAUGAGCACUAUAUAAAAGGCGCUAACCGUUUGUGAAUUAGUUGUACUCUUUGUAGUGUAUAUAGUUUUAUAUUUAUAUACUACAUACGAGGAAGUGGGAUUCGAACCUUGUUCCACUUUCCACUAUUGCAGAUCAUCACUGCCUUUCGUUCUUUAUGCCACGAAAACAAUCUCAAAACACUUCGUCUUUUAACAAGUAAAAAUGUUACGAAUUGCAAAUUUCGUCGUGCAGAGAUCACGAAAUUUAAAGAAAAUCAUCGACUCAAAUGUUAGGUGUUUUGCAGCACAAGCAGCUACAAAAAAUAAAUCAGUGGAAAAUGUAGAAAAGAAUAAUGCUGUGAGAGAGAAUCAAUCCUUUAAUAUGAAUAUUUUUCGUGGCCAACUGCAAACUAGCCAAGUAUUCCCUUUUCCAGGACACUUAAAUGAAGAGCAAUCAGACACAUUGAAAAUGUUAGUUGAUCCCAUGGAAAAGUUUUUUGAGGAAGUAAACGAUGCGCAGAAAAAUGAUGAGAAUGCAUCCAUAGAUGAGAAAACUAUGGCUGCAAUGUGGGAACUCGGAGUAUUUGGUCUCCAGGUUCCACAACAAUAUGGAGGAUUAGGAUUAUCUAAUACUCAGUAUGCUAGAUGUGUUGAGAUUUGUGGAUAUAAUGAUUUAGGUAUUGGUAUUACCUUGGGUGCACAUCAAAGUAUAGGAUUCAAGGGCAUACUUUUAUUUGGUACACCAGAACAAAAAGAAAAGUAUCUUCCAAGAGUUUGCAAUGGAGAUAUUGCAGCAUUUUGUCUCACAGAACCAAGUUGCGGUUCGGAUGCGGGUUCGGUUCGUUCUCGUGCGGUUAAAUCGGCAGAUGGAUCGCAUUAUAUAUUGAAUGGUAGUAAAAUCUGGAUAUCGAAUGGUGGUUUUGCCGAAAUAAUGACAGUUUUUGCACAAGUUCCUAUGAAAGAUCCGAAAACAGGCGAAACAAAGGAUAAAGUCACGGCAUUUAUUGUUGAACGAUCUUUCGGCGGUGUAACAAGUGGACCGCCAGAGAAGAAAAUGGGCAUUAAGUGUAGUAAUACAGCAGAAGUAUAUUUUGAAGAUGUAAAAAUACCAGCAGAGAACGUUUUGAGUGAAGAAGGACAAGGAUUUAAGGUUGCAAUGAGUAUUUUAAAUAAUGGUCGAUUUGGCAUGGCAGCUGCUCUUGCCGGUAGUAUGCGUUAUUGUAUUAAAAAAGCAGUUGAACAUGCAACGCAGCGUGUACAGUUCGGACGUACGAUAGAUAAUUACCAAACUAUCCAAGAAAAAUUAGCUCGUAUGUCGAUAUUACAAUAUAUAACUGAAUCUCUUGCUUACACUAUUUCUGGUAAUAUGGAUAAUGGAAGUCAAGAUUAUCACUUAGAAGCUGCAAUUUCUAAAUGUUUUGCAUCAGAAUCGGCAUGGUGGGUUUGCGACGAAGCUAUUCAAAUACUAGGUGGAAUGGGAUAUAUGAGAGAUACUUGUCUUGAACGCGUUAUGCGAGAUUUACGUAUCUUCAGAAUAUUCGAAGGAACCAACGAUAUCCUCCGCCUGUUUGUCGCACUUACCGGGAUUCAGUAUGCGGGAAGUCAUUUAAAAGAAUUACAAAAAGCAUUCAAGAAUCCUACGGCUAAUUUAGGAUUAAUUUUUGAAGAGGCAACGAAAAGAGCAACGCGCGUGAUUGGAUUGGGAUCGACGCCUAAUUUCACACAUUUAGUUGAGCCAAGGUUGCAAGAAGGUGCAACAUUGUGUGCUAAGGGUUUAGAAGCUUUGGGUCAAGCUAUAGAAUCUAUUCUCAUCAAGUAUGGAAAAGGAAUUGUGGAUGAACAAUUUAUUCUUAACAGAAUAUCACAAGUAGCAUUUGAUACGUAUACUAUGGCUGUUAUAUUAAGUAGAGCAACUAUGUCUGCAAAUAAAAAGCUUCCAACCGCGGAACAUGAGAUCCUUAUGGCUCAAACGUGGUGUGCAGAAGCAUCCAAUCGUGUGAAUUCGAACCUAAAUAUAAUUUCUUCUAGUAAGGAAUUAAAUGUAUUUAGUAAAAUGAGUAAAAUUGCGAGGAAUACGUGCGACGCUGGUGGAUGUGUUCAAUUAAAUCCGUUAGGUUUCUGAAUUAAAUUACAUGGUAUAAACGGCAAAAUAACUACUUCCUAAAUAAUUAACCCAAAUCAUGUACAAAAUCGAACAAUCAAAAAUGUGAAACUCCAAGAUAAAUUAGUGAUUUUUAUUAGACUAUUUUAAUAAGCAAUGAGCAAUGCAAUUUGUAAUAUAAUAUUUGAGAUAUUAUGUAAAUUUAUAAUUACGGUAUUUUUGUAUUUUUGAACAGAGAGUGUAUUGUACGUUGAUGAUUAUAAAUGAUAUUAUAUACACAAAAGUA